AUGGCAGCUCAGCCUCCGGAGUUGGCCCUGGACCUUGUGCGGCUGACCUCCGAUCCCCCAGCGCCAACCGAGCCCUGGUUUUUACACUCCUCUGACCUUCCUCCCGCAUCACCCCAUGUGCUCACCACCCCUGCAGACCCGGGGAGCUUUCAUUUCCUGGGUUCCUCCGCUGCAGCCCAGAUGGUGGCUUCCCCUCAGGAGUUGACUGAGCCUUUGGUUCCUUUCCCGGAUGCCGCUGGAGAGCUCCCCCCAGGACCAGAUCAGUUUGCUGCUGGACUUCAGGAUCCUAAGGACAAGCAGGAGGACCUGGCUCAGCCCUCACAGCGCCCUGAGGAGGAUGAAGCUUCCCCACUCCAGCUGGAGGACCUGGCUCAGCCCUCAGAGCCGCCUGAGGAGGUUCAACCUACUUCAAUUCAGCAGGAGUCCCAAGCUCAGCCUGCACAGCCUCCUGAAGAGGUUGAAUCUUCUUUCGUCCAGCAAAAGGCACCAACUCAAGCCCCCGAGUUCCCUACCAUUCCAGUAAGUAAUGACAUUGUACCUGGACUUGCAGGAUUGUUUCAAGCUUAUGAGUCAAACCUGCCCAAUGUCACACUUAACUCCGUGGAUGUGGAACUUACUGUAACUCCAGAGCCUACUAAGGACGUUGAAUCUUCCACAGUCCAGCAGGAGGCUCCACCUCAGCCUCCAGAGCCUUUUGGACCUCAACCUUCUCCAACCCAGGAGGAAGCCUCAGCUCCGCCUCCAGAGCCCCCUAAUGAGGCAGAAUCUUCUCCAACCCAGCAGGAGACCCCAGCUCAGUUUCCAAGGGAGGUAGAACCUUCGGCAACCCUGCAGGAACAACCAGCUCAACCUCCAGAGCAUGAUGAACUGAGAGUUUCAACUCCAGCUCAGCCUCCAGAAUCCUCCCCGGGUGUCCUAGAUCAACCUUCAGUGCAUCCUGAGGUGACAGUCUCCCCUCUAGGUUCAGGUGCAGCUCAUCAUCCAAUAUCGCCUCCUGUCACAAUGAAAUCUAUGGAUCUGUGGUUUUCCCUAACUCCCCCCGAGCCCAAUGAAGAGAUGAAAACUCCUGGCCAGCAGGAGGCCCCUUCACAGGCCCCUGAGAAGACAAAAUCAUCUCCAGGCCAGCAGGGGGCCCCAGAUCUACCUCCAGAACCCCUUAAGGAGGCAGAACCUUCUCUGACACAACAGGGGGUCCAGGCUCAGCCUUCCGAGGCCCCACAACAGUCUCCAGAACCACCUAAGAAGGUUGUAGUACAACCUCCAUUGUAUCAGGAGGUGACAGUUCCAACUCAAGGUGAGGGCGAGUAUCAGCCUCCAAUGUCACCCAGCGUCACAGUUCCCCCUUCGGACCUGGGCCUUGCCGUAACUGGAGAACCUACCACGGAGGCUAAGUCUUCUGCAGCCCUGGCCAAGACUACAGCUCCUUCUCCUAGGCACCUGGAGGUGACACUUCCACAUCCAGAGCAGGUUCAGAGCCAGCAUCCAAACCUGACUGAAGUCACAGUUCAACCUGUGGACCUGGAAGUUACCGUCACUCGCGAACCAGAGUCAUCUGAGACACUUCCUGCAACAACUGAGCAGAGUGCUUCCAGAAACAUGAACAUCUGUAAGCUGUGUACGUGCACAAAUGGGACGCUGUCGUGCACAGGUCUCAGCCCAGAGCAGCGGCUCCACAGAGUGCCUGAGCUCAAGUCCCACAGCUACAACGGCACCUUGACCAUCGUAAAUUUCCAAGGAAACUCUAUUUCUUACAUUGAUGAAGGUAUAUGGAAGUCAUACCGCUGGGUUGAGACGCUAAUUCUCAGCGAAAAUAAUUUGAGUGAAUUACAUAAGGAUUCAUUUGAAGGCCUCCUAUCCCUCCAGUAUUUAGAUUUGUCCUGCAAUAGACUAGAAUCUAUUGAAAGACGUACAUUUGAACCGCUACCUUUUCUGCAGUACAUAAAUCUUGGGUGCAAUUCAAUCACAGAACUGAGCUUUGGAACGUUUCAGGCCUGGCAUGGAAUGCAGUUUUUACACAAGGUCAUUCUCGAUCGUAAUCCUCUGACAGCUGUUGAAGAUUUGUAUCUUUUAAAAUUGCCAGCACUGAGAUAUUUAGACGUGGGGAGAACGCAAGUAUCGCUUGCAACAAUUGAGAGCGUCCUCAUGAUGACCCUUGAACUGGAAAAACUGAUCUUACCCAGUCGUACGACCUGCUGCCUCUGCCAAUUUAAAAGUGAUAUUGAGGUCGUCUGUAAGACAAUAAAACUGCAUUGUGACACUGAAUGUCUGACAGACAUCACAUAUUGUGAUGAAGAAGUAUCUGUAGGGAAUGCAGAAGGAUCGUUCAUGAAGGUAUUACAAGCCCGGAAGAAGAAAACAAGCACUGAGCUGACUAUUGAGCCAGAGCAGCCAUCCUCCGAAGAAGAUGGCGUCAAUUUGUCAGCCUUCCCGGGUGAUCAAUUUGAAAAUCAGCUGAACCAGCAGCUACAGUCCCUCAUCCCCAACAAUGAUGUGAGAAAGCUCAUUGCUCAUGUUAUCCGGACUUUGAAAAUGGACUGCUCUGAGGUCAGCGUGCAGCUGCCCUGUGCCAGGCUCAUCUCCAGAACAGGCCUCCUGAUGAAGCUUCUCAGUGAACAGCAAGAAGUAAAGGUGUCCAAGGUAGAGUGGGAUACGGAUCGAUGGAAAAAUGAGAACUACAUCAACGAGAGCACAGAAGCCCAGAGUGAACAGAAAGGGCAGCAGCCACGAGAGCGCACAAAAGAAGUUCCAGGAUACAGCUAUCACAACAAACUCAUCUUGGCAAUAUCUGUGACUGUAGUAGUGAUGAUUUUGAUUAUGAUUUUCUGUCUCAUUGAGAUUCAUUCUCAUAGAAGAACAUCAGAGGAAGGUAAAGAAGGAAGCUCAAGGGGCUUCUUUUGGUUUCUGCCGCGUAAGAAAUGCCCAUCGGAACAGGAGAGUCAGGUAAAUGUGAGGAGGAUAAAGUGCCGUGGCAGGAGAAAGCAGGGGAGACGCACAAUUGAGAUUUCCCUGUCUGUUUUCUAG